AUGUCCCGUUAUGAAGAACGAGACUACCGUGGAGGCGAGCCUCGUCGAAGAGAAAGAGAACGUGAGCGUGACCCUCGCGAGCGUGUUGAACCUGCACCGCGGGAGAGAAGGAUAAUAGACGACCACCCCGAACGAAGAGAAAGAGACACGCCAAUGUCUGAUGUCAUGGAUAUUGGAAUUGACCGUCGUGUGGAAGCCCGCCCGGACCUCAGGAUGGACCGCAUGAAUAUGGAUAUCUCGAGAGACCCAACCAGGGCCAACACUGCCAGGAGCAUCGAUCCUCUUCGGCCGGAACGUACCGUGGACAACCGUAGCGUCGAGCCUCCUGAAAGGCUCUAUCAAGAUCCCGCCACUGGAACAAUGUACCGACAAUUACCCCAGAGAUAUCCUCGUGAAGACCGUGAUUACCUUGAUCCUGUUCCUCCCAGUCGUCGUAUACCGAUGGACACGGCCAUGAGGGACCGUGAUGAACCUCCAAGGCCACAACUCCAGCUUUCCGAAUUCUGGUGCCCAGGAGAAGGAAUUGAACGCGAAGUGAUUCAACACGAGAUUUGCAAAUUCCUUGGCCAAGAUGCCACAUGUCGCCCCGGUGUCGACUCUCGAGGACGUCCGGGUUACUGGGUUAGGGGAUAUCGCGCACUUACGACGGCCAUGGAACAGAGCCUGCGUGACGAGUCGGAGAGGUGGCUCCGCGAAAAAGAACGAAGGCGUCGACAAGGUGAACCAAACCGAGGUAUGGGCCGUACGACACCUCCAGCAAACGAGUCUAAGGCUCGGGCAGGUUCCUAUGCCGACUUGGCAGACUCGCAAGAAAGGAUCCAAGACCGACGACGCUUCCCACCUCCCGGAGACAUGGACCUUGACGAGGAUGAUUACCGUGCGCCUCUUAGGCAUCGUGAACCCCGUGAGCGUGAGCGUGAACGUGAGCGUGACCUGGAACCUCCCCGCCCCGUGGCUACUGGCCGUAUCCCCGUCACCACGGGUUAUCCUCCCGAACCUGGGUAUACCGGAUAUGCCAUUUCUUCUCAACAGUCAGGAUAUGCCCCGGGCCAACCGGCGUACUACGGAGUAGACAGAGAACCACGGACGUUACAUGGCGGGAACACGACGCCGCCAACAUCAGCCAUCACCCGAGCCGCACCAUCGACCGCCUACGGUCGGCCCGGAUACCCGGCAGGGUCAGCACCGCCUGUCACCCAGCCGAUAUCAGCGUCUUAUGAUGCGCGAAGGGGAGAUAUAAUGGGUGGUCCGUAUCCCCCAGGCUAUCCGGAGACACGCACCACUCGAAGAUGA